CAGUCAGUGUCGUGUGGAGUCGGAAUUUUAUGGAAUUCAAGGCAAAAAGAGAAGAUUUUGCAAAAAAAAAUAUUAAAUUAAUAAUCAAACAACGUUGUUAUUAUUUCUCAAGGUCAAUUGAAUUUUUUUUUAUUUUUCUAAGUAAAUAUAUUUAUUUAUUUUAAAAUUACGUGAGUGUACUCUUUACAGCGCCAAAUCUCGCGUAAUAUGUAUAGGUAUAUAUAUUUUUUAUAACCGUUGGUUUUAAAUUUUAAUAGUACUGAAAGAGAGAGAGAGUCAUACAAGUACAUAAAAGUGAACUAAAUAAAUCAAUAAAUGAUAGGGACUCACUGCAAGUCCUGCGAAUCCUGAAUGUCCUGCAAGUAACUUGUGCAUACAUACAAAUUACAAGUUUAAUAAUACAUUUUAUUCACUACAUAUAUUUUUGUUUAACUCUGUUUUAUUCAAGUGGUUAAUAUUAAUAUAGAUAUUCUAUAAUGAAUUCAUCGAGCUCAGAUAUUAAAUUAAAACGUUCACUUGAAGAUAGCCAAGAUUCUGCUACUAAAAAAUUUGCUGGUCAUCAAUUACCACCAUCGAAAAUUGGUAAUUCAAGUAGCGAACCAGAAAUGAGCCAGGCUUCUUCACCACCACAACUCUGUGGAAGUGUUGGUGAUGGUGACGAUAAAAAUGUCAAGCUAAAACCUUAUACAACAGUUAUACUUUAUGAUGAAAGUAAUGAUGAACUAAAAACUCUAACAUUGGAAGGUGAAAGCCUACCUGAAAAUGAAGAAUCUCCAAAAAUAAUUAACGCAACACUCAGUCAAGAUGAAACAAACAAAACACCAGAAGAUGUAAAGUUUGAAAACUGUAUUUCUAAACCGACCAAUGAAGACAUUGAGAAAACUGAUCUUAACAAGCUUUAUUUUAUCAAGUAUCCGUUAUUAGUGCUUUCGGAACCAUAUUCGAAUAACGAUCAAAUUGAUACUCCCAAUUUUAUUUUCUCUUGCAUUUGCUGGAUGUUGAGCUGUAGACCUGAAGCUGCUGAGGUCAUUGAUAUCACUCAUAUGGAUACUCCUGAGAGAGCCAAGGAGCUUCAAUCUAAUCUAAUACUAUGUCAAAACACACUUUUCUAUGCUAUGGCUGGAUGUAUGGCGUUGGGAAAAGAAGUAUCGGAACUAUCAGCCAAUCAAGAGACCACACAUUACCUUUAUAAAAGGUGGACAACGAUGAGUCGCAUUAUCAGGGCUGAAAACAUAUUUGAAACUAAUGAUGCAUCAUUCACAAAAGCCAUAAGCUCAAUCAUCAAAUUUCAAGAAUGGAUCAAGACUAUGCCACAAACAAGAGCCUGGAUUAUUCAAGAGGUGUUAAAAAGUAAUCGUACAUUUCCGUUUCGUGAAGCCGUUGCGCAAAUAAAAAUGAUAUGGUCAUUCUGUAGAAUGAAAACUUUGCAGAUUAUGAUGAAAUUUAUUAGUAGAAACUGGAGUCCACUGCUUUUAGAACCGAUAGCUGCUCAAGCUGAGUUGUUUAAAAAAGCAUACAUGGAUUUAGAAAAGAAAUCUGGAAAUAAUUUUGAAUACUUGGGAGUUAUGUGUGAUCCAACUUUACAAGCAUUCAAACCUAAACAAUAUGGUGAUCUUUAUUAUGCUGCCAUGCAAACAGCACAGUUAAAUAAAGAACUUGGUCCGCAGGGCUUUUGCAAAAAAAACAAUGUGACCACUGUAGUAAAGAAAAAGACGAUCGAUCGUUGUUGUGCAAAAUUAAGUUUCAAAAAGUAUGAAUUGACUCCGGAAGUUCGUGAAAUACUACAAAGGCUUGGAAAAGUAAUACCUGCAGAUUUUAAAUUACCAGAUUGAAUUAAAAAAUUGUGUUAACUUGUGAAACUUGGAAAAAAAUUAAGAAGCAUUUGCCCGAAAAAAGGAAAGACUCGGGUUCGAAUCCCGGCGAGGGAACUUUUUAUUUUUUCCAAGUUUCUGUUUUUAAAAAUGGCCAUUAUCACAAUUCAUUUUUCUAUAAAUUUACUCAAUUCAUCUCAAUGUAACUUAAUGUAACUUAAUUUAACUCUGUCCAUUUUUAUUCUACUCAAUUCAUGUUCGUAUAUCCAAUACAAUCCAAUAUAAAUAUCAUUAAUUUAACUUGGUGGAAUUAAAUGUAUUUCAACUCAGUGUUAUCAUGAUACAUGUCAUCAAAAAUAAUUUGAUUUAACUUUGUAGAGUUUAAUUUGAUAAUAUUUCAUUUAAUCGUAUACACAUUUCAAUUAAACAUAUAUUGUGAUAUAUAACCCUACCAGAUAUUACCUCGUUUAAAACUUGUUCCCCGAUAAGUAUAUUAUUAAUAUUCUUAUAUUUUUUAUAUGGUUAGGUUAAGAUAAUAUUGUCUUCUAAAAGACCAAAAGUCUCAUUCCAAUGAGAAUUCAAACAAUACAAUAAUUAAAAGAAUAAACGAUAUCCGUCUAUAUGUACUCAGGCAAAUGUAUACUUGAGAUAAUUAUACUCGAUGUGAUUCAUGUUUAUGUUUAUUUUAAAAGCAACGAAUUUUAAAUCAUUACCUGACAAACAACUUGGAACAAUAGAUAAUAAUUCUAAUAAAAUUUAUAACAUUAUUGAAUUUAAAUAUAUAAUAAAAAAAAAUGAAUCAAAAGACCGAGGAAUUGGCAAGAAAAAAAUGUAAAGACUUAUUCGUCUUUAAUUUAAACAUUAAUCUAAAUAAACUUACUUUUGCUAUUACAUUUGUUUUUAUUUGAAUCAUAUUAUAUUUAAAUAAUUUGAAUAAAAAAAUCAUGACACUUUUUAACAGCUUAAAAAUCCUUCUUUUCCCCACUCCAUAUAAAUUUAUAAGUUGGACCAAGCAAAAAUGUAGUAACUCGAUGGCACCACUCUGCUCAUACUCACUCCAGUG